AUGUGUCCAAUCAGUAGGGAGCUGUUCUUCGACUGCGUGCCCCGUAUCAGCAUUUGCAAGGGUCCUUUGAAAAGGCUUGUCGACAACAUGAUUCUUGUAAGAGGAGAUCCCCACUAUGUGCGUAAUAACUUAACUUAUCGUCCUGUUAUGAUUGAAAAGAGGACUGAAUAUAAGAAGUUAGUAGAAAUUGAAGGCUCCUUUGUAUCCCCCAUGGAGGAUCUUAUUCCCGAUGCAAUGUGUACAAAAAACCGUAUUUCAAGGUUUCAAAUGAUAACCCCUAAAACAUGGAAGUCGAAGCAUCGUCCGGUUUGUCUUCAUUAUCCUGGGACCGGUGAUCACUCCUAUCAUAGACGUCGCGUCUUUUUAGCAAACCAAUUAAUUGAUGAUGGCAUUGCAUCGGUCAUUAUUAUGAAUCCCUUUUAUGGAGCAAGGUUGCCGGUGGACCAAAAAGGGUCUGGCCUGAACUACUUAUCCGACCUUUUCGUGAUGGGAGGAGCAUUAAUUUUAGAAUGUCACACAAUUCUCCGAUGGUGUCAAAACCAAGGCUACGGGCCCUUUGCGUUGCACGGCGUUUCAAUGGGCGGCUAUAUGGCGACCAUAUGCGCAACAACAGUUCCUUUUCCUGUCUCUCUCAUUCCAUGCCUUUCUUGGACUUCCGCCUCAGUUGUGUUCAUUGAGGGAGUUCUAAGUCACUCAGUGGAUUGGCAAACUCUAACCAAACAAUACCUUCAAGAUUCGGUCUACUCCAAGGUCGUACGACCCAAAAUUCAACCCUCCAUUCAACCCGCCUUUAUUACAAAGACUCAAAGGCCAGCAAAUUCGUUGCUUUCUGCUACUUCCAAAACUAAGGAGGCUCGGAGUCCCUCCACGGAUCUGCUCGUUCCCCCUCCUCCUCCUCCAUCUCCCCCUCCCUCAGGUCAAAAGACACCGGAUUACAUUUUUGAUGUCCUCACCUUUUACCACAAAAGAAGUGCUGCUCCGAAAACAGUGAGCCUACGGAUAAAUCACUCAAGGGCGCGUGAUGCCCAGAUAGCCCUGCUAUUGACAGCGAUGAAGAAUCUUGUCUCGCGACCCCUAUCGGAUGUUUCCAAAGUCCUGGAUUACAUGAAAUCUCACAAUCGACUGCAUUUGUACUUUGACAACCACAUCUGGGACAGUGCCGUGUCUGCUGUCCGGGCUGUUCCUAUUCCCUCAGUCUUUCCUGAAAAAGUCAAGGUGGAUCCUGAAGUGCGAGAAUUCUUACGCGAGUUGUUGGACUUCUUCACUCAUUUGGGCAACUUUCCUCCUGUGGCGGAUGCACGACUCAUCACCUCGGUGACGGCGGGUAGGGAUGCCUACGUACCGCGUGAUGGCGUGGUGCCUUUUGAUGUCGUCUUUCCUGCCGCCGACAUACGUUAUCUCCCUCAAUCUGGACAUGUCAGCACCUAUGUGCGUAACUAUCUUUGGAAUCAAGAUUUUCGAAAGGCUGUAUGCGACACCAUGAAUCGACAAAUGCUGUUACAUUACGGCCUGGAAGCCCCCGUCUUCGGGAAGGUGUCCAAAUCUGCACUUCCUUGA